GUGAGUUGCAAGCAAACCAAAGAGAUUAUAACUAGUAACUUUAUAUCACUUUUAGACAGUAGUUCUAUGGUCUCUACCAUUCUAAAGUCGUUAGCAAACUCUUCUAUAAGUUAGCUAUGGAUCAGACUCUUCAUCACAUACUAUUCUCAGGGCCGGCUUGGUAUAUAGAGCUGUCAGUUUAUCUAGUAUUAUGGGUCAUUUUCACGCCAAUCAUAGUAUUAGUCGAAAGCAUAUUAUAAACACAUGUCAAAGUCAUUCCAUUAAAGCUAUUAGAAGUUAAAAAUCCCAAAUAAUCACUUUAUUUUUGUUUUUUCAUGUUUUAUGAAUGUUAUUUUAUGGACUUCUUUUGUGAUUCAUAUUUUCAGUGUUAUCUAUUGGAUUUGUCCUAUCUCCAACAAAACACUACAUUUGGUAUAAUUUCAUCUCCAACAAGACACCAAAGUUGACAUCAUCCCACUAAAUUUGGUGUAAUGUGAAUUAGUGUAAUACUAUUCAUCACACCAAAUCUUUAAAAUGCAUAUUUUAUAAUGUUUCAUUUAAUAAUAUAGUUUUUUAAUAAUAUAGUUUAAUUACUAUCAAAUUUGUAAUUAAACAUUAAUAUAUUGUAUUAUUUGUAUUUUAAAUUUAUUUUCAAAAACCAAAAGUUUAUUCUUUUGUUUCUAUUUUCAAAAUAAACUUCUAAAUGACUAUUAUCACUUAUCACUUACAAAUAAUAAAAAUACAAAUAAUAGUCUACAUGUGAUAAAAUAAUUAUUUAUCAAUUAUACAUAAUAAAAAUAUAAAACUAAAAAUUAAAAAAUCAAAAUAAUAUAUAAUAUGAUUUUUGGUGUAAAAUUUGAUGUCAUUGUUGGAGAUGACAAAAAAAUAAUGACACCUAAAUACCAAAUUUAGUGUAAUUUCAACACCAAAUUUGGUGUCAUUGUUGGAGAGCCAUUUGACCAGUUGACCGAAGAGAUUAUCAUAAAUUCGUCAAAUAUGUAUAUCUUUGAAUUGCAUUUGCCAAUAGCAUAAUUAAUGUCUUUCAUACGAGUUCUUCUAUUUUCAUUUUUCCAUGAUCAUAUCCUUUGUAUAUUAACUUUCUCUUAAAUGACGUGAGUAUUUAACCGAAUGAGUAACGCAAUUGAAAAGUAAAUAAUAAUCGCUUGACGAAUUAAUAACCGAGGAUCCUUUUGGGUCCCACUCACCCAAAAACUAAGACCGUUACAAAAGUCAAAAACGAUAAAGGGUAAAAGCGUCCACACAACAAAAUAUUUUAAGAGUCUCAUCUCUUUCAAUCAGACCGUUACGAACAAAAAGAAGAAGAGCAGUGAAGCUUUGCGAGAAGACGACACAGCGCGAAAAAAACAAAAACCUCGAAUCCAGAUUUUGAUCCAUCCAUAAUGUUGGAGGAUACGAUCUCAAACCCUAGUAUGGAACCUCUGUUAUUCUCCGUCGAUCCAAUGUCUCUCUUACUUUCUCAAAACAAUCUCUGCGAAUUCGAGAGAGGACCCAGAUACAGAGAAUACGCGACACUGCGAGAGUCAAAGCUUCGGCUUAAGCGAGAGUACGAGAAGAUACUCAAGGAAGAGGAAGAGAGGUUCUUCCGCGGAGACAAGAAACAAACGAGAGUCGGCUUUACAAGACAAGAUGAAAUCAAAGUUUCGCCGGAGAAGAAGAAGAGAUUUGGGUUUAACUGUGUUCCGGCGAACGCUAAUCCGCGUCGAAUGUCGUCGUCUUCGUUGGCUCAAUCGGUUCCUGAUUUCUCCGCCGUGAUCCGCAAGGAAAAUCGCCGUCCGGUUAACUCGAACUUGCUCCCGCGGAGGACGGAUCUCACUCCGCCGCCGCCGUCUAAGAGCAGAACAGCCUCUGGAACGGUUUCUUCCGUAAGAGGAAGUAUAUCUGCUAGUGCGGGAGAGAAGAAAAGCAAAGGGAUCAAUGCCACCGUUGAAGAUCUUAAGAAAAUUUCCACCGCCGCAGCUUCAGCCAUUAAUGGCGGUGGAAGGAAGUCACUCGGCGGCGGAGGAGGAGGAGGGAGGAGGAAAUCAGUUAGCGGUGGUGGUGGUGGUCGGACUAUUCUAGGUUACAGACAAACUUAAUGUCCCAAUCGAACACGAUUUGAUUUGUUUUUAGGUUUUGAUUGAUAAAGAUUGAAUUUGUUUUUAUUAUGAUUUGGUUUGUUGAGUGAUAGCUAGAUUUAACAAUAAGCAUUGAUCAUAUGAUU